GAGUGGCUAUUUCACCUGUUGCUGACAUGGAAAUCUUGCUUCCAAAACCGAAAGCACGAGGACAUAUGGCGGCGUUGCCCUAAACCCCUUCUCGCUUAUCUGGAAAGACGCCGGCCGGAGAGGAGUCGAUACCUAUGGGCAGCCACCACAACGGCGACCGUGCUUCCAGUAGCAAUGGAGGAGCCGCCCUCGUCGAUAAGGACGUCGAUUUCGCUCAAUAUUUCUGCACCUACGCUUUUCUCUAUCACCAGAAAGAGAUGCUUUCCGAUCGAGUCCGCAUGGACGCUUAUUAUAACGCCAUUUUUCAAAACAAGCACCACUUUCAUGGAAAGGUGGUGUUGGAUGUAGGGACAGGGAGCGGUAUUCUUGCGAUAUGGUCAGCGCAAGCAGGUGCAAGUAAAGUCUAUGCAGUGGAAGCAACUAAGAUGGCAGAGCAUGCCCGGACUCUAGUCAAAGAAAAUAAUCUCCAAGAUGUGGUUGAAGUGAUUGAGGGUUCUAUGGAGGAUGUUACUUUGCCAGAGAAAGUUGAUGUAAUCAUCUCAGAAUGGAUGGGUUACUUCCUUCUCCGUGAAUCUAUGUUUGAUUCAGUGAUAUGUGCUCGUGACCGCUGGCUCAAACCAAGUGGAGUCAUGUAUCCAAGCCAUGCCCGCAUGUGGAUGGCACCUAUUAGGUCUGGAUUGGUAGAUCAAAAAAAGGGUGAUUAUGAUGGAGCAAUGGAUGAUUGGUAUAAUUUUGUGGAAGACACCAAAACUUACUAUGGUGUUGAUAUGAAUGCGUUAACUAAGCCUUUCAAUGAAGAGCAAAGAAAAUAUUAUCUGCAGACAGCAAUGUGGCAAAACCUUCAUCCACAUCAAGUUAUAGGGAUAGCUGCCAUCAUCAAGGAAAUUGAUUGUUUAACGGCUACUGUUAAUGAUGUCCUUGAGGUCAGAUCAAACUUUUCAUCAUCAAUCACUAUGGAAAACACUAGACUCUGCGGAUUUGGUGGAUGGUUUGAUGUUCAUUUUCGAGGAAGAAAGGAUGAUCUGGCCCAGCAAGAGGUUGAAUUGACAACUGCACCUAGCGUAGAUGAUGGCACACAUUGGGGCCAGCAGGUUUUCCUUUUGCACCCUCCUGAUCGCAUCAGUGAAGGGGAUUGUUUGAAUGUGUCUUUUAUGAUGAACCGUUCAAAGGAAAAUCACAGAUUGAUGGAGGUUGAGAUUGGCUAUGAGAUAAGACAGUCUUCUGGCCGAUCACUUCCAACACUCAAAAAUAAGUUCUAUAUUGAGUGAGGAAGGAAAUGACUGACAUUCUGGAAGUUUUUUCAUGAACUAAGGAGAGGAAGAGGUUUUUGGGGAGCUGCAAGUUUUCCUGUCUAACUAAAAUCUUUUUCCACUGCCAAUGUAGGGCUGGGGGCAUCUGCAGCCCUUAUGUGUUUCAGUGUUAACUGCACUCUCAGACAGUGGUUAAAGGACACACAGAUAUCAGAGCAACUGAGCAUUUUUGGUGCUAUCUUUGGUUUGACUUUUGCUGCGGUGUUUCUACAUUUAUUUGAAAUGAUAACUUUCAUGUGUGACUUUAGAUUGUGUUUUUACAGUUAGUUUAUUUAUUAGUGUUUCUUUUCCCCUCUAACCAGCCAGUGUGUUGCCCCUUUAAUUUUGCCAAACCGUUGGAGAGAGAGAGGGGGGGUUGGGUGGAGGGAAGAAAGAAAAACAUUUUUACAAUUGACCUGCAACAGUUGAGUCUUAUAAAACAGAAAAAUGAUAUAUGAUUUUUUA